UCGUUCUCUCCUCCAGUAACGUCCAGUUCUCAGGCUCACAGUAAACAACCACAAAGAAAACUCAGGCAGAACUAAAAACCUGCAAACAUGCUCCGAAUAAUCCGUGAACACGCGAAGAAACACCCUGGACUCAUUCCACAGUUUUUCUUCAUAUGUUUAGGAAUGGGAGGAGCCUCACUAUAUCUGAUUCGUCUAGCCAGAGGACCCCAUGUUACCUGGAACAAGACCAGCAACCCUGAGCCCUGGAAUCAGCUUAGCCCCACCUAUCAGUACAAAUUUGUGGCAGUCACACAGGACUACAAGAACCUGAAGAAGGAGGGGCCUGACUUUUAAUCUCUAACUAUGCUGGUACUUUAAAUGUUUUUUACAACUGUGUAUGUGUGUGUGCCUCAUUGAUUUACACAUUUCUACUCAUGAAAAUGAGCUAAAAGGAAGCAUAAAAGUACAUUUAUUUCUAAUAUGUGUACCAUGAUUUGAAACUGUUGUGUUCGAUCCUGCUUGGGUGAAUGAAUGGACAUUAUAGCUUUUUUUGGAUUGAUGAGGUGGUGCUUAUGAAUGACGAAGGAUUAGUUUUGGUUACACACUUAAAAUGCUUGGAGAUCAGUGCACAUUUUUAUGGUAAAUAUUUUUUUUUUCAGUUAGUAUAAAGACUUUCAGUCCUUGACCCUGUAUUACAGACCCCUACACAGCAGUUUUAGUUCCUAUUUUAUGAUAACAAAAUAUUGAUCUACCAUAUUUUUCGCACUAUAAGGCGCACCAGAUUAUAAGGCAGAUUAUGUGACACUAGUAAGGAACAGGGGUGUCACCAUGUUUUCCUUCUAAUUCAGCAGGUCUCCCCACUGGGUGGUGGUGGAUGGGAGGGUAGGUAAAGUUAAGUUAAGUAAAGCUAAGCUAAGUAAACAACACUGUAAAUGUAAAAAAAAAAUUUUUUAAGUUAAACAAGCACUGGAUUUUAGUCUACACUCUACAUUUCUCUCCUGGAAGCUGUUUAUUUGGGUGAAUAAAACGCUUUCGUUUAUGUACAGUAAGCAUAGAUUCCCAAAUUUCUCCAGCACUAAAGGCUGGAGCAUUAGCAUAGCCACUAAUGCCCCAGACAGCGCUACACUGAGAAACCCUGAAUGUUCUGGUAAGACAGGGUGGUAUUAGCUUGUGGUUUGUCACACGUAGCUUGUUUUAACAUGGUAAAUGCACUGGGUACAGUCCGAUAUACUCACCUCUGAGUGGCACUGAGAGCUAGCGCUUAGUGCAGUUAGCAGCUAAUGCUACUGCUGCUCCAGCAGUGCUACCCAGGGUUAGCAGCAGGGUUAAACAGUCUGGUAAUAUUCACCUCUGAACGGCAAAAGUGCUACCUCUAACGUUUAGCGGCUAAUGCUAAUGCUAAUGCCUCUCCAGCAGUGCUAGCCAGGGUUAGCAGCAGGUUACAGUCCAAUAUCACUCACCUCUGAACAAUGAAAGAGCUAGCGCUUAGCGGCUAAUGCUAAUAUUGUUCCAGCCUCAGUGCCUUGGGCUUUACUGCCCUUUACAACCUGACUGGUAAAAUUCAUACAUAAUUAUAAGGCGCAAUAACGUUUUUUGCGAAAAUGAAAGAAUUUUAAGUGUGCCAUAUAGUGCGAAAAAUACCAUAUAUCCCUAAAACUAAAUAUAAAGUCCACUCCAAAAAACUACUGUAUAUUUCUAAAACUAAAUAUAAAGUCCACUCCAAAAAACUACUGUAUAUUUCUAAAACUAAAUAUAAAGUCCACUUCAAAAAUGACUUUUAUAUGUUGCAACUUCAAACUUUGACAAUGAUAGAGAUGAUUAUGUGUCUCUCAGCUUGUCCAAAAAUGCCUGUUUAAAGCGUGUCCUUUAUUGGUGACUCCAAAUGACAAUUCCAGCUACUGACUGUAGGAAAUGUCCAGGAGCAAGAAAUACCAGCCAUUGCAUAAUGCUGGAGUUGUCUUAAAGUAGCCAUGGUUCUACUUAGAACCCUUGGUUUUGCUGGAGAACCUUGCAGAUCUCCUUUUUCCUUUUUUUAAGGGUGUACACUGUGUUUAACUGUGUUCAGCUGUGUGUUAUUGCUGCAAGGGUGGAAAAGAUUGUUUACUAGAUAGAUUUCAUAGACAUAGCUGUGUAAACAGACUAUUUAAAGUCGAUUAUGUCUUGCUGAAAGUAGUUCUGGUUGGUUAAGUGAGGAACUGAUGUGCCAUUCAUGCACCACAAGGGGAUCGAACACUAUUUGGAAAGUGAAUAAGAUAUAUAAAUAUAUAUAUAUAGAUAGAGUAUAAACAAUAUGGAGAGUAGAUAACUGUAGAAGAAUUAGAUUACGCUGUAGUGUAUGUUUGGUUUAUAUGAACUGUUUAGUGUAAAUGUAAAAUUUGCAUUAUAAAGAAAAACAUAAUGAAAUAUUGUACAUUCUCCUUUUUUACUGCUUCCGAUGGGUUUACCGUAUGUGCGUAUGACACAAAUGUUUUCUGUUGUCUUCUGUUUGCCUUUAUUUAAUGGUAUGAAGUGAUUGUGGAUGAUGUUUUGCAGUCCACCCUAAUAAAGAGUGUAAUGCAUACAUCCUG